GCUAGAUUCCGCCGCGAGCGCGCUAUUCUGAGGGAACUAGGCCAGCGAUCGAUCGAAAGUAGUUCCCAUUCCGCGGCACAGUGGAUUCUAGCAGCAGCAACAUGACCGCGGGGCUGGAUUCUUCUCUCCCGAAUGGCGCCGAGGCCAGCAUCGACAUGCGAUUCCAUGGCGGCGCCGGAGGCAGCGAGAAACAAGUGGAGCGCACAGGGAACGUUUGCACUGCCUCCGCUCAUGUAAUUACUGCCGUGAUUGGAUCCGGAGUGUUGUCCCUUGCAUGGAGCAUCGCCCAGUUUGGAUGGGUUCCCGGCCCAGCUAUUCUAUUUAUUUUUUCCAUCGUGACCUUCUAUGCGUCUUUGCUCCUCGCGGAUUGCUACAGGAGCCCAGACCCGGCCUUUGGGAAAAGGAACACUACCUACAUUGAUGCCGUCAAGAACAUCUUGGGUGGCAGGCAAGAAUGGUUUUGCGGUCUCGCCCAGUAUGGCAAUCUCAUCGGUGCUACUAUUGGAUACACCAUAACUUCUGGGAAGAGCAUGGUGGCGAUUAGCAAAGGUCACUGUUUACGCCAUAACCGGCACCUAAGCAAUCCAUCAUCGUGCAACAUCCAUGACGGGAGGUACUUGCUCGUUUUCGGAGCUGCUCAGCUCCUCUUCUCGCAGAUACCAGACAUACACCAGAUUUGGUGGCUUUCCAUCGUCGCGUCGAUCAUGUCUUUUUCGUAUUCGUUUGUCGGGCUGGGUCUCAGCGCUGGUCAAGCAGUACAUGGAACUCAAGGUACCGCAUUUGGGAUUGGCAUUGGACCUGGACCGCACUCUGUCAGCUCAGCUGAUAAAGUCUGGGGUAUACUCCAGGCGCUUGGGAAUAUUGCUUUUGCUUACUCGUUCUCAUCCAUCCUUAUCGAGAUUCAAGAUACACUCAAGUCGCCCCCAUCCGAGAACGUAAGCAUGAAGAGAGCUACGUCAAUCGGUGUUCUCGUCACCACCAUAUUCUACAUGGCUGUCGGCUGCGUCGGCUACGCAGCUUUUGGAAACGAUGCUCCGGGAAAUCUCUUGACCGGAUUCGCGCACAGCAAGUUGUUCUGGCUUGUCGACUUUGCGAACAUCUGCAUCAUCAUCCAUCUCGUCGGCGGCUAUCAGGUAUAUGCUCAACCAGUGUUCGCGCUGGGGGAAUGGUACGCCUCCCAGAAGUGGCCAAAGUCGAGCCUCGUAAACAGGGAAUACUCCGUAACGGUGCUCACCCCGAGGAUUGGAGUUUUCAGGUUCACCAUCUUCAAGCUGUUCUGGCGGACCUUGUUCGUGCUCUUCACGACCAUUGUCUCGCUUGUGUUCCCGUUUUUCAACGCCGUCAUCGGCCUGGUUGGAGCCAUCACCUUCUGGCCGCUCACCGUCUACUUCCCGGUGGAGAUGUACUCGAAGCAGUCGGGCGUGCGGAGGUGGUCGUGCAAGGCUAUGGCGCUCCAGAGCUUGAGCUUUGUAUGCUUCCUCGUCUCGCUGUCCGCGGCCGUGGGGUCGGUACAGGGAAUCAUCAGCUCGUCCAGGCGCUACAAGCCGUUCGAGUUCUAAGAGAAGUUUCCAAGUUUCCUUUCAAGAGUUCGUUCCAAGGCGAAAGAAUGCAAAGUUUACCAUGUACACUUGGGAGGAGGAAAACUAAUUUUUUCUUCUUGCCUCCCAAGGAUCGAAAUCAAAGUGGUAUUUUUUUUUC